UGUGAUUUUUGACACUUUUUCUGGUCGUCGCUGUGUCUUUUCGGACAUUUUUUGUUUUUUAUCUCUCGCCAAUGGAUGCUGAAAGAAGGCGUUUAUGUAUGUCCUAGUCGUUUACUGUUGAACGCAUCUCCGGCUCCACCCAGACCGUCCAUGGCCAACGAGCAUGAGUCCAUCGACCUCCGGUCUCCUCCGCUGGACCCAUCAGCAGCUGCAGGGCACAGCUGGUUCCCCGGACCCCCCCCACCCAUGUAUUCCUGCACCCUGACCCCCGAGCUGGUGCACAAGGCACGAGAGGAGCUCCAGGAGAAGCCGGAGUGGCGUCUCCGGGAUGUCCAAGCACUGAGAGACAUGAUACUGAAGGAACAGCCCAACCUCAGGACGCGGCUGGACGAUGCCUUCCUGCUGCGCUUCCUGCGGGCCAGGAAGUUUGACUACGACCGUGCCCUGCAGCUGCUGCUGAACUACCAAGCUGGCCGGAAGGCUUGGCCCGAGGUGUUCCAGGACCUGAAGCCGUCCACGGUGAAACACGUCCUGGACCUGGGCUUUCUCACAGUCCUGCCACAGCCCGACCCCAACGGGAGAUACAUCCUCUGUCUCCGGCCAGGGAAAUGGAAACCAAAUGAUUAUCCAUUUGUCGACAAUGUGAGGGCCAUUUAUCUGACUCUGGAGAAGCUGAUCCAGCCGGAGGAGACGCAGGUGAAUGGUAUUGUGAUCCUAGCCGACUACACCGGAGUGGGCAUGUCCCAAGCUUCCAAUCCAGGCCCGUUCCUCGCCAAAAAAGUUGUAAGCAUCCUCCAGGAUGGCUUUCCAAUCCGAAUCAAGGCCGUUAACAUAAUAAACGAGCCCAUGAUCUUCAAAGGCAUCUUCGCCAUAAUAAAGCCUUUUCUGAAGGAGAAGAUGGCAGAGAGGUACAUCCUCCACGGCUCGGACCUGCGCUCUCUGCACCGGAACAUCCCGCGCUCGGUUCUGCCCGAGGAGUACGGCGGCAUCGCGGCCCAGCUGGACUCGUGUGCGUGGUCCAGAGUGCUUCUGAACUGUGAGGAGGAAUUCAUAGUGGAGUUCUGCCAGCCGGAUCCACUAGAGGGCGUGGUGCUUCCAGACGCCAUGCUGUUUGAAGGGGAGCAGGCCAGCGGGCAGGACGACGACACCUUCAGGGGGCUGCCCUCGCAACUCUACUACUGUUACUGAUGCACACACGGCCACCGCUGAGAGGACAUUUUUCUGUUUCAUUUGAAACGUGUGUAGACUUUACAGGGCAAGUUGCCAAUAUUCUACAUGAUUUAUUUUACUAACUAAGCAGCAAUGCUAUAGGUAGAUCUAGUCUUCUGUAGUUUACACAUAGCCCAGCAUUCAGUCAUGGUUCCAAGGCAGCUGCAGGCUCAGGCAAAGAGGCUUCUGACAUGCGCCGGUGCAUGUUUGGCCAUUAUCUGUGGCCCUUCGGUGAAGUUACAGUAUGUCUGGUACUUAAAGGAUAAGUUCACAUUUUUUCAAUAGUCAGGUCAUGUACACUGAAGCAUGCAAUUAUUCCUCUUGUCCAUACUGACCGUUAAAGGAUCCCUUCCUAAUGUGCUUCCAAUGUAAGAGAUGGGGGACAAAAUCUUUGUUGUCGUUGUUGUGCCAGACCUAUCUCCACAGCACUGCUGAGGAAGGUCUGGCAACAGGAGCAUACAUUCUAGGAUAGGAGGAAAAAAAAAAACGCUCUGGGGUUGGUUGCAUUUCUUUAAACCAAUCUCAAUCGGCCGUGCCUCUUGCAAAAAUAUUCCCGGGAAGGAACUUAUUUAGGUGCACCCCUGUAGAAAUAUAACACCACAUACAAUAUUAGAGAAGUUAACGGUUCACACAGUUGAAUACAGUAAGGUGAGCUAUUUAAAUUAGCUGGAUACACCUCAUUUGCUCUUACCGAUUUAUUAAUCGGUCCCAAAACAUCCCAGUUAGAGAUGAAAUGCUGUAAACAUAUUCAUUGUAAAUCUUUGCAAUCAUUUGCCAAAAGAACCAAGGGGGUAAGCUAGCCUCCGCAAAGCGUACCUACUAUGGAGCCAUUUUGAUGCUAACAAGCCAUCAGUUUCGACUUACAUUAGCUGUUGAAGUUUAAUUACUAAUGUUAACUACCAUUUUAGUUAGCAAUAAUU